AUGAUAUCGCCCAGCGCAUUGACGAUUGCGCUCCUCAUCCCCUUCCUCUCCGCCGCUAUCUACAAAGUCCUCUACAACUGGUAUUGGCACCCUCUCGCAAAAUUCCAGGGACCAUGGUACGCGACAGCGACAUCUCUAACAGACGCCCUCAUCUCCGUAAGCAGAAAGGAGUCACAAUGGCUCAUGAUGUUGACGAAACAAUAUGACACAACCAUACCCAUCCGUAUCGCGCCGACGAUGCUCAUGUUCCCUCAACCUGCGGCACUGAAGCAGAUUUACUGGAAUGGUGAGAUGAAUACUAAAGCGGAAGUCACUGGGACGGGAGUACUAGGCCCCGAGCAUCUUGCUACCACUUUGGAUCCGGAGCGGCAUCGACAGUUGAGGAAAGCGCUGGGUGGACCGCAUUGGAGUAUUGGGGCGUUGAAGAAGAAUUGGGAGGGGAGGAUUGAUGAGCAUAUCCUGUUGCUUGUGGAGAAGUUGCAGGAGAAGGAGGGCGAAGAGGUUUUGAUUUCUGAUAAGCUGGCUGGCUUCGCCGCCGACAUCAUGACGAUCCUCUCCUUCUCCAAACCAUGGGGCUUCGUGCAGAACGACCGAGACGAGAGGGGCUUCCUCGAAGCAUGGCGAGCAGGUCUAGACUGGUUCGGCUUCGUCGGGCGCUGGAAAUGGUUUCGUGAUAAUGUCCUCAAGAACCCGUGCCUGGGACCCUACUGCCUUCCCUCCAUGACCGAUAAAAGCGGCAACGGAUACCUCUCCUUCCAAGCAGACCGUAUGGUCCGCGAGAGGGAAGAGCUGAUGGCGGCUGAAGGCGACAACUUCCACAUGGAGCAGCUGGACUUCUUGCAGUACUCCCUCAACGCCACAACCCCAGCACCUCUAACACCACCCCAACGCCGUGCCCACGCCACGCUCCUAAUCCAAGCCGGCGCCGACACAACCGGCACAGCCCUCGGCAGUACCCUCGGCUUCAUCCUCCCCCGGCCUCCCGUCCUGGCCAAAUGCCUCGCCGAACUCACCACCGCCUCCCAAUCAAACUUCCUCAGCACACCCAUCUCCUACCACGAAAGCACCAACCACCUCCCCUACAUGCAGGCCUGCAUCAAAGAGUCCCUCCGCCUACAGCCCCCCGCGUCGAACCUGUUCGCAAGGGUCGUGCCGCCUGGUGGGAGAGAGAUUUGUGGGAUUUGGAUUCCUGGGGGCGUGGAGGUGACGAGUGUAGCGUAUGUUGUGCAGCGGGAUCCAGUGCUGUACGGUCCUGAUCCGGAAGUGUUCAGGCCGGAGCGGUGGCUCGAGUGCGGCGAGGAGAGGAGGGCGGAGAUGGAGGGUGCACAAUUCGUGUUCUCGAUAGGGGCUAGGGUAUGUUUAGGACGGGAUGUUGCGUUGAUGGAGCUGGGAAAGGUGAUUCCUGAGUUGAUCAGGCAGUUUGAGAUGGAGGUUGUGAGGGCUGGGGAGUAUGUUGUGGCUGGUGGGGUGGCUUAUAAUAGGGAUUCCUGGGUGAGGGUUGAGAAGAGAAGGCACUGA